UCAUCUGUGAAGAACAUUCCAACAUUGUUCUUCUCAGAAUCCUCUUUUGAGAUGGGAGGAAGGCAAUUCACUAGCUAGCUUUUAAUCAAAGCAUUUUCAAGUUAUACGCUCCAACACUAAUAAGUCAUGGCUACAACAACAAAAGGAAAGGAAGCUAUAAAUGGGGAGGAGAAGAGAAGUUUAUUUCCAUCAGGCCCUAAAAACAUAGACCAAAAAAGAGGUUUAUCCCCAGUAGGUCCUAGAAACAUAAACCAAUCAACUGGAAGAAGAACUCCCAAAUCAUCAAUUUCAAGCUCACCUGAUUCAAAUCAUUCAUUCUUAUCACAGAAACCAAUACCCAAUUACCUCAAACCUACAUUAAGCUCUCGCCUUGAUUCUUCAUUGAAGCAUGGGAAGAAACAAACUCCUGAAGAUCAAAAGCUCCUCAGAAGAAGGUCUUUUGAUAAACCCCCAUCACCCUCUCUGCUUUACUCAACUAAGUCUCCCUCAUCCUCUCAAAUUCAAAGAACACCACUAUCUUCUGCUACUACUUCUAGGGAGAGAGCACUGAUCAAGUCAUUAUCAACAUCAACAAAGACUACCAGUUCUCCAAGAAUCACCACAGAGAGAAUAAUCAAGACAUCAAGAAAUGGGAAAAUGCAACAGAUAGUGUCCAGUUCAAAUUCAAAGAUGGUAAAGAAAAUCCCAAGCAGCACCAUUAAAAAGGAAGCUAAAGUGGAGAAGGUUAGAUUCAAACAGUCUGAGGUCAAGAAUGAGAAAAUUGAUAAAGAAAUAGUAUUGGAGAAGAUUGAAGAAGAGGUAGUAAAGAUUGAAAUUGAAGACCAAGUUCUUGAUGACCUACCAACUCUAGAUUUGAAAUCUAUAGAUCUUCCAGAUCCUGAGCCAGAGUUUCUUGAUGAAGUGAAAUCUGAACCUUGUAUCUGUUCCACAUUUUCAGAAGAACAAGAACAGGUAAUAUCUGAAACUCCCCAAAUAGAAGAAGCUGAAGAGAAGACUUUUGAUCAUCAUGAAGAUGUAGAUGGUAACAACAACAACAACAACAACAACAACAACAAUGUUACCAACAAUGGAUCUGAUGAGAAUGCAGAACAACCAGAAGAAAAAUUGAUCAGCAAACCACAAGUGGAGGGUGAGGCCAAGGAAGGAGAGAAUGCAACUGAAAGCAGCCCAAAUGUUCAUAAAGCAAAGAUAGCUCCUGUUGAAGAUUCUGGAAAUUAUCAAAAUCCAACAACAAAGGAAAGAAAAGAUGUGGAAGUGAAUGAAGAGGUAGUGAAGCCAGAGGUAAAGAAUGUCAACUUGAAUCAACGAGUUGUUCAUGGGAAGAAGGAAUCAUCACCAGCAUAUAAUGAUGUGAUUGAAGAGACUGCUAGUAAACUUGUGGGCAAAAGGAAGAGCAAGGUGAAGGCAUUGGUUGGGGCUUUUGAAACAGUUAUUUCUUUAGAGGAAGCUCAAACUCCUAGGGCUAAUAAUGAAAAUGCCAAGGUUCAAGAUGGUGAUGCCACAAUGACUCAAACUUUUAGGGCUAAUGAAAGUGCAUAUCAGGUUCAAGACGGUGAUGCCUCAAUGACUCAAAAUUCUAUGACUAAUGAAAGUGCACAUCAGGUUCAAGAUGGUGAUGCCACAAGGACUCAAACUUUUAGGGCUAAUGAAAGUGCAUAUCAGGUUCAAGAUGGUGAUGUCUCAAUGACCCAAAAUUCUAUGGCUAAUGAAAGUGCACAUCAGGUUCAAGAUGGUGAUACCACAAUGACUCAAAACUCUAUGGCUAAUGAAAGUGCUAAUAUUGAUCAAGAUGGUGAUACUACACUGACUCAAACUCCUAGGGCCAGUGAAAGUGCCAAGGUUCAAGAUGUUGAUACCACAAUGACUGAGUCUCCCUCCAUCUAA